AUGCUGGAAGCGUGGGAAGAGCUGAGAGAAGAGGCACGGGUGCUGGACGGCACGCACGAGACACACGCCGAUAUGUUUGUGUUCCCGACGUUCGAGACGAUGGGGCUCUGUGCACGGAACCCGGAGCUGGACCCGCAAACAAGGGUGAACUACUUGUGCGGGAACUCGCUUGGGUUGAUGCCGGUGCAGACGAGGCGGUAUGUGGAGAAAGAGCUCGAGGCGUGGGGGGCCCGGGCAGUGGAGUCCCACUUCCGGAACGAGAUUACGACGGACUGGGUGGACGUAGACUUGCCGCUUGUGCCGAAGCUAGCGAGGCUGGUCGGAGCGAAGGAGACGGAGGUGGCGGUUAUGGGCACGUUGACGAUGGACUUGAACUCGCUGCUUGUGGGCUUCUACCGCCCGGACGUGGCCAGCGGGCGGACAAAAAUCCUCUUUGAGAAAGGGGCGUUCCCCUCGGACUACUAUGCGCUAUACAACCUGGCAAGACUCAAUGGUCUGGCGCCGGAGGAGACGCUUGUGCAGCUGGCACCACGGGAGGGCGAGUACACGCUUCGUACGGAAGACAUUCUCUCGAGCCUCGAGAAAGACGGGGAUAUGAUUGCCCUUGUGUGUUUCUCCGGCAUCCAAUACUACUCGGGCCAAUACUUCGACAUCAAGCAGAUCACGGCAAAGGCGCACGAGAAGGGCUGUGUGGUUGGGUGGGACCUGGCGCACGCCGCCGGAAACGUCGACCUCAAGUUGCACGAGUGGGACAUCGACUUCGCCGCGUGGUGCAGUUACAAGUAUCUCAACGCCGGGCCGGGGGCGAUCGGCGGUGUCUUCGUCCAUGAGAGACACACGGGCGGCGACGAUCGCACAGGUCGGGCCCGGCUCGCUGGCUGGUGGGGCAACGACGCAGCCAACCGGUUUGAGAUGUUGGAGAAGUUCCGGCCAAUCGAGACCGCCUUGGGGUUCAGACAGAGCAACCCCAGUGUGUUGGACGUGAGUGCGUUGAACUCUUCGCUUGACGUGUUUGAGGCGUGCGGCGGGAUUGGGAAGCUCAGAGCAAAGUCAAUCCAGCUCACUGCGUUCUUAGAGAGGUGCUUGCACAAGAGCAGGUUCUACAGAAGCAUCGAGGACAGCAACAAGACCCAGGACGCCGCCGACGUCCACUUUGUGAUCAUCACUCCGCAGGAUCCUGCACAGAGAGGUUCACAGUUGAGCUUGCUUUUCAAGCCGCUUGAGAAGGACGUUAUGAUGCAGGUCUUCCAGUUCAUGAACCAGCGGGGCUCGAUCUGCGACGAAAGAAAGCCCAACGUGAUCAGAUUGGGGCCCACCGCUUUGUACAACACAUUCGCCGACUGUGUCGAGUGUGUGCAGCUGCUUGAGGAGGGCCUUCUUUCGUACACCUCGGACAACCACUAG